AACGUCCAGUCAACAACUAGUUGCUAGUAGUGCAUGGAAGUCCUAACAACUUAAUACCGAAAGACAAAGAGCAUUCAGACAAUACGCAGCUCACAUAGAUGUUUUAAAGACUAGAUUUUUUUACAGUAUAGCCGUGCGUUUUUCCUGUUCUUCUGAAAGACGACAGCUACCUCUCACGCCAUUUUUAAUAAAGUAUUGUAAAUAAUUCGUAUCAAUCAUUUGAAUUGACUUCAAUAUCAAUUUUAAGACCAGAUAUUAGACCUAAGUUUUCCAAGUACCGGACAUAUUAUACUAUUAGCAAUGUAAAAUACGAAGCGAAUUCUGGAAUCCAGUCGAUGUGAAUCAGCUAAACACGAGUAUAAGAAAUCGUCGUAUGCGGAUAUCAAUGAAGUGCUACAAUCCUUAAGGAAAAAUAAGGUUCUUUGUGAUAUUAAACUAGAAACAGACGAUGGUGAAAUUAUAUCUGGUCAUAAAGUGGUUUUGGCAUCAGCUAGUCCAUAUUUUUACGCAAUGUUCACAAGCUCUUCAAAAAAGAACAAAGAUCUUGUUGUUAUCAGGCAGCUGGAAUCUAGUGCACUACAGCUCUUAAUAGACUUUGUUUAUUCUGGCAAAAUCUCGAUCACUGAACAAAAUGUACAGGAUUUGUUAGCAGCAUCAAAUCUUUUGCAGUUACAAGAAGUCAAAAACGCAUGUUGUGAUUUUCUACAGGCGCAAAUAUGUCCCACAAAUGUUAUUGGGAUUAUUGCUAUAGCUGAUUUACAUGACUGUACAAAAUUGUUAACAAGAUCAGAAUUAUAUUUUAAACAACACUUUUCAGACGUGGUAGAAGGAGAAGAAUUUCUGUCCUUGUCACGUGGACAAAUAGUUAAGUUGAUCGCCAGUGAUGAGAUUACAGCUCCAUCUGAAGAAAAAAUAUGUGAAAGUGUAAUUCGAUGGGUAAAACAUGAUUUGGAUUCCAGAAAAAAAGUUUUGCCCCAAUUAAUGGAACAUGUGCGUUUACCAUUAACAUCGAAAGAUUACAUAUUAAAAAAUGUUGUUAACGAACCUCUUCUUAUUAAUUGUUCUGAAUGUAAAGAUUACGUAUUUGAAGCAUUACAAUUUCAUUUACUUAAGUUAGAAGAACUCAUCGACAUUCCACAUAACAUCCGGGCAAAACCUAUACAGCCUGAUGGUACACAUAAAGUUAUUUUAGUUCUUGGUGGACGAGAUAUCAAUGGCGAAAUAUUAGAUAGUACAGAAUUGUAUGACCCAACAAUCAAUAAAUGGCAGCCUGGACCAAAAAUGAUCACACCACGUUACGCUGGUGGCUUAGCUGUAGUAAAUGAUAAUUUUGUAAUAUAUUUGGGUGGUAAAUCUACUGAAUCAACUGUUGAGUCUGUUAAUGUGCUAAAUUUAUCAUUGAAUCACCUCAUUGGAGACCAACACGCAAAAUGUUAGUUAAACGACAAUGGUUUGGAGUUGGCGUGAUAAAUUACUGUAUAUAUGCUGUAAGUUAUAUUGCAAUAUUACUUAUUACUUUAUUAGUAAUUUCUGUUAUAAUGUUAUAAUUAUAUUAUAAAUUCAAGGUUGGUGGUUAUGAUGGUGAAAAUUAUUUAAAUAGUGCAGAAGUUUUUAACUGUAGAACUAAAAAAUGGAGUAUGAUAUCUAGUAUGUCUACUAGAAGAUUUGGUGUUGGGCUUGGAGUAAUGAAUUAUCUUUUAUAUGCGGUAAAAUGUUUAUUACUUUAUGAUUUUAACUUUUUAGAUUCUGACCAAUGAUAUGUGUUUUUUUUUCUGUCUAUCAUCAACAUUUCGGAUAGUAAGCAGGCUUCGAUUUUUGGGAUAAGCAUCUUUUCUGAUAAAAUAUUUUUAUAACUUAAAAUUUUAAAUUAACAUUUAAACAAUAUAUUUAUUCAAAUGUUUCUUUAAAUACCGGCUUAGUCCAAUGAUUUAAUAAUUACAAGGGAAAUUGUCAUUUUGCAUUGACCAACAAGCUAUUAUAUAUAUUAU